AUGCCUGUUUAUCAUGCAGAAUCGUCUGUCGCAGUCACCGUAUCCGGCCGCAUUCAUCGAUUGCCUCUCGAGGUCCUCGCACGUAUGUUCAAGUUCUACGUUGGAAAAGAUGAGCAAGACAACAGCUUUGACCCGACCUACGAGGUCUUUCCGCUUGGAGCUGUGUGUAAAACAUGGCGCUAUACGGCUUGGACAACUCCUUCACUUUGGACGAGGCUUAGAUUCAAGUUUGGUUCCAGGACAACAGAAUCCAAAGUUCAGCUCGCUAUGGGAUGGCUCAUGCGCUCAGGGGUCCUUCCAUUGGAUGUUUAUCUAUCAGCUACAGAAUCAACGGAAACCAUUAUUCUUCCGUUAGUUGAUCUAGUCAACCGACUUCUCUAUCGCUGUCGGUUUUUGAUCCUGUCUAAUUUGACCUAUCUGGCCCAGUCUCGAUUUUCGCCACCUAGUCGUUCCUCUAUACUUGAGAUUUUGAGAAUCAUACCUCUCACCAUCACUUCGCCACUCUACCUUGGACCAAAUGUGGCACCAAAAGACCUCUGCAUACUCGGUUAUUAUGUGAAUUUACUUGACAUCAAUUGGGGUAAUCUCACUACCGUGGAGGGACUCGAAGUCUGCCUCAUUGAUGUAUUUCAUGUCAUUAACAUGGCUCCUCAGCUUGUGUCGUUUCGCAGAGUUUACGUUCAUAUGGACUCCUCACUCCCACCUGACGGAUACAAGCAAAUCACCCAUUCCAAACUACAGAAUUUAAUGAUCGAAUCGCAUGAAGACAGCGAAUCUGAAGCUGACGUCGCCCUCGAUACAUUCUUUCGAACGGUUUCCCUCCCCAGCUUAAUAGAUUGCUGCACCGAAUCACAGUGCUAUCCUUUCCCUUCGGCAGCCUUUUGCUCAUUCCUCUCACGUUCAUCCUGCUCCAUCCAAGAAUUGGAUAUAUAUACGGCUUCUAUUGAAACCGACGUCCUCAUAGAAAUUGCAAAGGCAUCUCCCAACGUGAGGAAUUUUUCCUUGGAAUUUCCUCCACAUACUGGUGUGCCAGAAGUGCAUCGCAGGCAAUCCAAUCUCGGGCCAUUCUACGACGCACUUGUUCAAGUUUCCGAAACCACUGGCAGCUAUGUCCUGUUUCCCCACCUUCAGAAAUUCUCUAUAUGCGCGGAUGCUGUGUUUCCUUGGAAAAAUUUCCCCCGGAUAUGCCGCAGAACAAAUCUAAAAGGCAUCUGUAUUUCGGUUUUGAAGGGCUAUGAAGAUCCAGAUUUCUUUCCCUCUUCAUGGGAACUGUUUGCUGAACUUCUAGAACUCAAUGAGGCUAGGAACUUUGAUAUCAAAUACGGAAACCGUAGCUUGCUCGAGCAAGCCUUUCACUAUCUGAAGUCCAGUGGCAAAGAAUAUUCCUCCGACCUGGUCGACAGAUUUGCUAAAACCUUGACUUCAUUUGAAGAUGAGUGA